AUACAUAGUUCGUUGUUCAAACAGAGGAGUCGAUUGUCUCUCGUCGCGAGUUCGAAUUUUGACAUGAUGAUGGCUAUCAGUAAUUCUAUUUUCAAUAAAUUAAAUUAAAUUUGAUGGUUUGAGUGGGUUUAUUUAAUAAAACACAUUGCUGAAGUGAUAAGUCGAUUGAAUUGUACAUUGAAUCAAAACAAUAUCGAUUCUCGAAGCACAAGGUGGCAGUAACCACCGAAAAUAUUAAUAGGAUUUCGUGGAGGAGUGCAACAAACCGAUUCUAUCGAUAUGGCUCGUCAUCUAAUGGCUGUAUGCGUUGUGUGUCUGCUUUGUGCUGAGCACUUGCCAUGCACGCAUGUUGAUGACAACGUAAUGAAUGCUAAAAAGUUACUGGAAAAUGACGACAGUCGUUUAGUCAAUCAGAAUUACAUGGACAUAAGUUACUUAACCGAUAAAAGUUCAUACAAUGCUGUGUUAGAAGAAACUGUACCAAAUAAACGUAAAGGCCGAACGAAAAAUGACGUCGAACAAAGUCUUAGUGAUACUGAACCAGUGCUAGAGAAACUGAAUUACCGUGAUAAACGACACGCUGUCCAUACGCAUAAAGACGAUGAGGCGGAUGUUCGCAAAAUAACCCAAAUGUAUGUUCGGAAAACAUUCGAGCGGUUUGAUGAUGAGGAUAGAAUGACUGUGAUCGGGUUCGAAAAACUGUGGAAUACACUUACAGGAACUGAAUUUUCGAAAGCGUCGAAAAAUGAAGAUUUUAAUGAUACUUGUAUUUCGAGUAUAGAUUUGGUCACAAGAAUUUCUUCCGAACAUCAUCAAGACAUCAAGUCAACGAAACUAAUAUUUAAUGGAGAUUCAUCACAGAAUUCAACGUUAAAUCACACAGAUUCAAUUCAGUCAAUUAAAGAGAAUUUAUAUUUCAAUUACGAAGACUAUCUGGCCAUUUGUCCGCUAAUAGUUUAUUAUGCUACAGCACCGACAGAAUCGGAACGGUCUGGGUGUAUAGCUAGCAGUUUAGUGCCCGUAGAUUUGCAUAUUCAUGGAGAGCAUCAAGAUCAUAUUGGUGCUGAGGAUCGCACUUUGGUGUGGAUCUAUGCAACGCUUUCAAUUCUGGGUACAAGUUUAUGUGGGCUUCUUGGUGUAGCUGUCAUACCUUUUAUGGACAAAGAAUACUACAAUUCAAUUCUACAAUUUUUGGUCGCACUGGCUGUCGGUACACUGGCCGGUGAUGCUCUCCUUCAUCUUCUUCCACACGCCAUGAUGACAUUUGCCAAAGAUGCUGAUCCGCACAUUACCAUGACUCUGAAAGGAUUGGUAGCCAGCCUGGGAGUAUUGUUUUUCUUCUUGUUUGAGCGACUGCUCACAAUGAUCGCUGAAUGGCGUAAAGCAAUCGAGAAAAAGGAGAAACCAUCGUCACGAGUUCGCGUUAUGCGUGACCCCGAAUUGACGGCGAAACAAAAAUCGAACUCAUCCGGUAAGGAGUGUAAACACAAGUAUAGUUCCUAUCCAUAUUGCUAUGACGAGAUAGCAAAAGACACGAAAGACGAUCAUCAUCACCAUAAAAACGGUCAGUCACCGAUAGCAAGUGAUAAUCAAAAUCACAACAGUAAAGCACAUCAGCAUGAACACAAUGACUACUUGGAUGCGGCUCAAAACUUACUGGCACAAAACAAUUAUUCCAUAGCUGAUGGUUAUGUUGCCUUGAGAGCGGCGAAAGAAGACGGACAUCACGUUGAAGGUGGUUCAGCACUAGUUGAAAAUGGUUCAAAUGAGUCUAAAGACAAGCCGACAAUCAAAGAGGAGAGCUACACAAUAAUUUUGCGAGAACACGAGUCCAAACAUCAUGGCCAUUCGCAUGCACACGGUCACGUUCAUUCACCGCCGAGAUCUAUGUCUGCUGUUGCUUGGAUGGUUAUCAUGGGUGACGGUUUGCAUAAUUUUACUGACGGAAUGGCUAUUGGUGCUGCUUUUUCGAAUAACAUUGCCGGUGGAUUUUCUACAGCGAUUGCUGUUUUCUGUCACGAAUUACCACAUGAAUUGGGAGACUUUGCGGUUUUACUGAAAGCUGGAAUGUCCGCUCGUCAGGCGGUUUACUACAACGUUUUGUCAUCCGUUCUAAGUUUCUUCGGCACUAUUCUUGGUAUUUUAAUCGGUGAUACACCGGAAGCUUCUUCUUGGAUUUUCGCUUGUGCAGCUGGAACGUUUAUUUAUAUUGCAUUGGUCGAUAUGAUGCCCGAAUUGACUACAUCGCACAAAGAAGGAUUCGCAUUUUCCCGAUUGUUACUUCAGAUGCUAGGGAUUUCAUUAGGCAUUGGAAUCAUGCUAAUAAUAGCAAUAUACGAACAUGAUCUCAAAUCGUUAUUUUCACCCAACUCACAUGCUCAUCAUAAUUAGCAAGUCAUCAGACAGUAUAUGAUAUCGUAACGAAAAAUUGAUGAGUUUUGCAUUCAUUUUCAAUUUUCUUAAUUUAAAUUUUCUUUUCUUUUUUUUUAUAUGGAACAAUAAUACGAAAAAGCCAAUUGGUCCUACAGUACUAACAGAAGUUAUUUCGCUUUUUAAUCGUAUUUUAGAUAGUAAGGAUAUUUUGCGUGAAAAAAUAAUAUGAAGAUGAUGAUUACAAUAUUGAUAAACUGUUUGCCUUUUCUAAACAACAUUGACCUGGUCGCACGUCAUUCGAUGAGUGACAUUCAUUCUAAUUGAUUCGUCCCCAGGAAUUGGCUCCUUUGUCUUCUUAUAUCGCGAUUGACGACCAGUUUUUGUGUUCUCUUCGGAGUUAUAUGGUUCGACGUGUUAUGAGUUUGGCAAUAAGACAUUCGCAUUUACUAAUCGAAGUUUCGAAACUUUCCGUUUGUUUUUAUUGGUUCAUGAGAUAAAAUCAAAAUCCGGAAUUUGUGAAAUUACGAUGAUUCUUUUAACAUUUCAUUGGCCAAAAUGUUUCAUAGGUGCUCGUGCUGUAAAAAGGUGUGGAAUGCCUGUACGGCAUUGCGUUCCUAAGCUUCCUGAAAAAAUGUUAGCCUAUUCAUAUCACAUUGAGCUACUGCCAAUUCAUAUUUUUAUGAGUCAUAACUGGCCAUGGCCUAUUUUUGGGAAGUUGAUUUCUAAAAAUUUGGCAAAAUUCACUAAAAGAUUUGUCAGAAUUUACAAGAAUUAGCUAUGACGAAAUCUAGAAAAUUUAGCUAAAUCCCGUUAAAGCUAGCAUAUUCCUGGAAAUUUUAGUAAAUUAUGAAAAUCAAUUGCCAUAGCACUGCUUCUAGCAAAGAACGAACUCUCAUUAUUCCAGCGUCAAGAAGCCUCCAAAUUUUCGACUUUCAUGUACGAUUGCAUGUGCUUAACCCUUAAAUAGGCUUGACCUUGUCACCUUUUGUAAACGGCAAGCUAAUCGAUAUCAUCUGUUACUUCUUUUGUUUGAAGUAUGGCCUACUAAUUCUUUUACUUCGUUUGUUUUAGCAUUAUAUCAUUAGCUACAGGCCGUAAUUUCUUAUCAUCGCCGUUAAUGAUAACAGAUAAUGUGGAGAAAACCGAAGACCGAAAUUCUAGCAUUUUUCACUCGUCCAGAUGAGCCACAUUUUGUUUGUCAACGUUAGAGCAUUUUACUGCGUCCACUUUACUCUUAAGAGGGAUCGAUGCUUUGCUGAAAAGCAUACAUUAUGGCGUUUGUUAAAUACUGGAUUUCAGUUUGCUUUUGAUGAUAUCUUUCCACCAGAAUCCCUUUUCAAAAAUGUAGGACCGUAAUAUUGACCACGAACGCUUUUAACAAAAAAUAGAUUUGGUUGUAGCAGUUUGACUAGCUCUGAGAUUCUGAUGAAAAAAUAUCAUCAAAAAUGAAAUACGAGCCACACAAAUGUACGCUACAAAUUUAGCUGAGCAUCGAUGCCUCUUAGGUGUUUUUUUGUUCCAUUUCAAUCUUCAAUAAUUUUAAUUGAAAUAAUAAACGAAAAGUGAAAUCAUUCGAGUCAUAAGAGUAGAACGACUGCUAAGCAUAUUUUUCACCAUUGCCAACUAUACGAAAUUCCGAUCAGUGACUUCUGAUUCGAUUGUCCCUCUUUUCAUGGAUUUUAUUAUAAUUUCAAUCGAAAUGACUUCAGUUAUUCAUGUCUGUGAUGUGCUGAUUUAAUAGAAACAAAACUUUUUGUAAUA